ACCACCGCGAGUCUUACCGCACAGAGCUGCAUUUCUGUCGGCUAUAAAUGAAGUUAGCCCAUCCAGCUGAAUGGCGGCGUCCGGAUCUCUGUCGCUGGGCCACGUCUCCGUGAAAACAAACACGCAGAAGUUUCUAUUCUCUUGCCAUGUAGAACAUUCGAGUCGGAUAUAGUCCAGUUUAUUGUAAAGGGAGCAAUCGUUGGCUAGUAGAAUGGAUGGGAGAGCCAACUAGCUAGGGUUUGUUUUUAGCCUAGCACGGACACCCGCCCGCUUACCGCGCUUCCGCUUUCUCGCGCACUGCUUUCGGCAUCCCCUCUCCUGGUCUCCGGUAUCAGGCGACACCGGGGACUGGAGGCCUGGUCUCCACAGCAAGCCGAGGUUACGUAGCCUAUCCAGUACAUCAUCAUGCAGAGUUUCUUUGAAAAGCUUAAAAACUUACACUGUGGACCUCCUGCACCACCCAAAAGAAUAGAAACAAUUACAGGAUGUGAGUGGGCUGAAGAUGAAUUAGAUGUGGAAGAUUGUGAUACAUAUGAAGCUCCUCCUUGUGAGCGUCCUACUAUCAAAGUUCAGCAUAGGCAUGAAGAAGAGAAUGUAUACCUAGGUUACCCUGAGAGAACUCCAAACUCCACAAACCCUCAAAGACAGGCAGGGCCACCACCACCACGCCCAGCCAAGAUCACCCCUAAAAUGAAAUCCCCUAAGCCACUACCUGACCAAGAGGAGUUCUACCUUGAUUCCAACAGAAAAUGUCCUGAAGUCUUCCAUAAAGAUCAGGCUACUAAGAGGUUGGCCCCUAGGAAGAGCCCUCCAGCUGUACCUGCUCCUAACUUAGAAGAAGAUGUUUACCUGGAUCCAAAUGAAGGACAGAGCAGGAGAGAGCCUCCACAUGACAUAUAUGUCGAACCUACAACAGAUUGUUGUUUAGCACCCCCCUCUGUACCCUAUGGUGGUGGUCGUAUGUUUCCACCCAAAACAGCAAGAGAUCUUCCCCUAUAUGUAAUGAAACCACCUGUUCCUAGAGCCAAAUCUAACUCUCUCGUCACCAGUGACUCAGGGAAUGCAGCAUCACUGCCAGAUGCGAGGAGCAACACUAUCACUGCCCAUGUACCGUCAUCUAUCCAAAGCAUCAGACCAACUCUUGCAACUGAGACCAAGACCAGCUCACCCAUUUCUCCUGCAGUAGACAACACUGCAACAGUGAUACACCCUGGAGAACAGGAGAUGGGGCUGCAGGACAGAGAGUGGUUUGCCGGGAUAUGUGGCCGCAAAAAUGCAGAGGAUACAUUACUGAAAGUUAAUAAGAAUGGCUCCUACCUGGUUAGGUGCAGCACGGCUCAGAAUGCAAGACAACCUUUUACUCUAGUCGUGCUUUUUAAUCAGAAAGUCUACAACAUACCUAUACGCUUUAUUAAGGAAUCAUGCAGCUAUGCCCUUGGCAAAGAGGGAAAGAAAUCUGAGGAGCUUUUUGACAGUCUGCAAGAAAUGAUUUCUCAUCACAAGGAUAACCCCCUUUUGCUGAUUGACAGCAAGAGUCAGGCCAAACACACCACCUACCUCACACAUCCUGUACACUUGUAACAAACCGAUACAGACCUGAAUAGCUCUGAAUAUAACAAACAUAAACGUAUUUACGGUUGAUAUAUGCACUAUAAUUUACCACAAUUUAUCUGUACUUUUAUAGUGUAGAACAGGAGUAAAAAUAAUUUCUUUUUUUAAGUUAAUUGUUUGCAUUUGAUGAAAUAAAAAAUUCUUAUUCUA